CACGUACGCCGAUUACAAGUCGUUACGAUUGUCAAUACGAUUUGUCGCUUGUCGCACGAAUAUAUAUAUAUAUAUAUAUAUACCUGCAUAUACAUGUACAUCUAUAAAUAUAUAUCUAUAUAUGCAUAGGUAUAUAUAUGUAUAGAGUCAGCAGAGAAAAAAGGAAAGAACGAUAAAAAAAAAGUUCUCGGACCCUUGAGACCCGUUAAUCAAGGUCUCUCGACUCAAUAAAUGUUCAGAUUGUCAGUGAACGAUUUUAUGCGGUGAUCUUUUCGUACGCCUACGUACACACACCCAACAUUGAAUAAAUAUAUAUAUUGACUUAACUAGACACACACUAGGACAGACACAAUUGCGCCCACACACAUAAAUACAAUUACGUACAUAUAAAUCUAUAUAUUUCCACAUACAUUUCGGAAGAAAAAUUCAACACGCGUGUGUGUGUGAUGCCCGGGAGUCGCUCAAGCACGGACCCCGAGCACAAGUCACCGCGGGAAAGUGGUGAAGAUUCGGAGGAUGAAAGCGAAAUUUUGGAAGAGAGCCCCUGCGGGCGGUGGCUCAAACGGCGCGAAGAGGUAUACGUAGGCACCAAGUCUGCACUAAUCGAGGGUGGAAACUUUGCAUUACUGACAAGAAGUGGCGAAAACGAGAAUGGUGAAAUGCAGGUCAUACAGAGAGAUGUGCCCGAAAUGAAUUGCGCCUAUUUGGCGAUGGACACUGAAGAAGGAGUUGAGGUCGUAUGGAACGAGGUCCAAUUUUCUGAGCGUAAAAAUUUCAAAGCGCAGGAAGAGAGGAUACAAAUGGUAUUUGAGAAUCUUACUCAACUGGAACAUCCGAAUAUCGUAAAAUUCCAUAGGUAUUGGACGGACACGCAUAACGAUAAACCACGGGUCAUAUACAUAACGGAAUAUAUGUCGUCCGGAUCUCUCAAACAGUUCCUGAAACGCACCAAGCGGAACGUUAAGAAAUUGCCUCUCCAAGCGUGGAAACGUUGGUGCACGCAAAUCCUUUCGGCAUUAAGCUAUUUGCAUUCCUGUUCGCCACCAAUAAUUCAUGGAAAUUUGACCUGUGACACAAUAUUCAUUCAACACAACGGUCUGGUUAAAAUUGGUUCAGAUUCGGCGACGCAACUAUCGUCGCCCGCAAUCGAUAUAUAUGCGUUUGGAAUUUGUGCGCUUGAGAUGGCAGCACUAGAAAUCCAGGGUAACGGUGACAGUGGUACAAUGGUGACCGAAGAACACAUAAGGAAAACGGUCGAUUCACUUGACGAGAGACAGCAAAAAGAUUUUAUUCGUAAAUGUCUCGAGGCCGAUCCACAGAAAAGACCGAGCGCUAGAGAACUUUUGUUUCAUCCUGUACUUUUCGAAGUGCAUGCCCUGAAAUUGCUCGCCGCACACACGUUAAUCAACUCAACAACAAAUACAUCGGAGACCAUAACUGACGAGGUGCUGCAAAGGCUAUACAGUCCGGAUACUGUUCUUGCCGAAGUUAAGUACCAAGGUCGACCACCCCAACAGUUUCGCUUGAGCGAUAUACCUGUUGCUGAAAAGUUGGAAAAGUUCGUUGAAGACGUGAAGUACGGAAUAUAUCCAUUGACAGCAUUCAUACCAAAAUCUCCUCCGCCAGUUCGUACGAGGGCAAUAUCGCCUGAGGUUACAGAGUCCGUUAAAUCCGUGACACCCGAACCAGUCGAUGUGGAGUCCCGUAGAGUAGUUAAUAUGAUGUGUAACGUUAAGCCUAGGGAAGAAAGCUGCGAAUUGCUUAUGACAAUACUGUUGCGAAUGGACGACAAAAUGAAUAGACAGUUGACUUGUCCCAUAUCUCAAAUAGAUACGUCGAUGCUCCUCGCCCAGGAACUUGUACAUUUCGGAUUUAUUAAUGAGAAUGACCGUGAUAAAAUAGGGAAUUUAAUAGAAGAAGCAUUGCAUAGUUGUUUCAACAAGCAGUUGAUGAGUCCGGGUUCGACGUCGCUGCCGAGUUUACCGAGUCAGACAACGGGGUCUGGGCAAGCAGCACCUGGACAUUCGUGCCUCCAAAAUCGUAAUAAUUCCAUUAGUGGUUCCAAUACCACGGCAUCGAGUAACGAUAGCGUAUCUAGCCUUCCGCCAAAAAUGUCCGGUCUUUCCAAUUCGUAUAAUCGAACAGGCGCAAAUUACGGGGAGGGCGAUCCUCCGACAAUAACAGACAGUGUCAGUUAACCAUCCUGGAUACUUGGUUACUCACUUCACUGUGCCACUUUGCACGCUCGAUGUAUAGACUGGCUAUGUAUUUUUAUAUUUAUGUAAAUGCGAGGGACGGAAGGACUGAAGGGAAGACUAUGACAACGACGGAGAAGAAAGAAUGCGAAAAAAGAAUGAUCGAGAAAAAAAGGGGGGGGGGGAAGAAGAAAACAGAAACAAAAGAAGACGGAAAUGGUGGGGUGCCGUGGCUAUCCUAUUUUUUAUCUUGAUAAAAUUGUAACGAUAACUUUUGUUGGCUCCAAUAUUAAUUAGAACGUUGCUAAAAGAAUUUCUGGACUAUGCUCUCUCUUUUUUUUCUUCAAUGGAAAAGCUGAUUAUUAAAGAAAGAGUGACGAACGAGUGAAUGAAACAAAAGAGAGGAAGCAAACUUUUCAGUUUAACCAUUUAGGACCGCACGUCUCAACCAAAGUCAUCAAAUCAAACUCGCACCAAUUUAUUGAAUUAUAAUGUUGGUUAUUUAAAAUUUUUCGUUUAAUGGAAUUAUAAUAGAUAAAAUAUCGCGCGAGUCAACGGAACAGCUUAUUUAAUUAGACUUUGUCGGGAAUUAUCAGCUCAAUUGGAAAGAUAAUAUUGUAACAACGUUAUAGACGUACCAACAUUACAAUUUCCAUACUACGACGAAGGCGCGAAUUCAAAAUUAUCAGUAGCGGACAGCCACGAAUUCGCAUUGCUAUUAAAUAUUCCCAUUGCACACCACGUUAUCGACGUAAUGAUUAAUAACGAUGUGAUGUAUACAUUGUCGAUGAGUAUCAAUUGUUUAUUUGACGCAUAUUACAACUGGACGAAAAUCAUUUAUUGAUUACUAUACAACUAUUUUUUUUUUUUUCUUAGCUAUUUUGUAUAAAAUUAUUUUCUCUAGUGUACAGCUCGACUGGUAACUCGAAUACGGCCUGAGAACAAAAAGCAAAUGAAAAAAAUUGUAAAAGCUUCUUGCAUCUGCGAGAACACCGGAUGUUUUAACCUCUGUACGUCAAAAAAAACGAAUUGUAAAAUUUUUGUCUAGCAGUUUGAAUGAAUACAUAGUUUGGCUAUUGUUGUAUGAGAAUCCUGAGUGAAAUUCCACAGCGCCUGCUGCAAGUUGCGACCGGCAAACGUGAUUUUAUCGACGAGACAAACGAAAAAGUGCGUAUUUAUUUCGAGAAAUGAGAUAGAUGAUUGGAAUGAAGUGACAAAAAAUAAAGGAAAUACAGAGGGAAAAAGUAAACAUUCAAUCAUGUUCCCGUUCGUUAAUACUAUUUUUGCUUUUCCUUUCAUAAAUAUGGAAUGCAUGAUUGCCAAUAAAGAAUACUCGCCUGGAAUAAUUUUAGUGGCAGUAAAUUUCGAGAAUGUGACACAGCCACGGCCCUGUUCUUGGGUAUUAUUGAUGUGAUCGAAACCAAGGUUAUCAAAUCUCAAUGAAAUUAGCCGAAAUCAUUGUAAAUAAUUUAUAUUUUUAAGAGAAUAAACACGUCGUUUCUGAUGUGAAAUGAAAAAUAAAACAAUGAAAAAAAAAAUAAAUAAAUAAAAACACUAGUCAUAGGUAUAUUCGAGUGCUAACGAACUAACACCGAUCUUGUUACAUCUAUUGCAUUUAUAACGCGUGCUUGAGCAAGACAACAAAACUGCUCCAAUUUCAUACCUCGAUUGAAGAAAUGGAAAUAUAAGAAAUGAGAAAAGAUACGCGAAUUCAACAACUUCAAUGACGCAUUUGACUAAUCGAAUGACUAAUCCACAUUAGCGGUAAUCCAUUUUACCAACAACAUAGUUUUUGAUCUUAAGUAUGUAACUAGAAUAUGACAUUUAACAAGUCAAUGUAAUAGCUUUAUGAUAACGGAAAUUUUCAAGAUGCAAAUGAAAAUGAACAGAAAAACAUAAAGAGUGCGGCGACGACUGAUUCGUUGAUAUUAUAAUAAAAGGGCUGUACAAUGUCGGUGAUAAAUAAAUACUGUAAUUCUCCCAGA